UCGCCUCAUCUUCCCUUGGGACCCGCCUUCGGUACACCUGAGUUCGCGUACGAAGAGCCUGCUUCUGGUCCGCGUAGGUUGUCGCGGUCGAAGCGAGAGUCGGGUAUCUGGGACUCAUUUGCUCUUUCUGCUGUGUCCACCCCGGACAUACUACCUGAGAUAUCAGAAGAUUCGUACUUUGGCCAUGCAGUCACGACGCCUGAUGAUUCAGCCAUUCACGCAACCACACCGCCAUCCUUUAGUCCUAGUCUCGCAGAUGUUGUCGAGGAACCAGAAAGAUUCGUCAGCCCAAGACCUGCACCACAGCCCCCAAUGAAGUCCCCGACUUCGCCAAGAUCGCCUUACUUUGGAUCGUUUUCCUUUCAAAAUCCGCGAUCUCCCGUUACCUCUAGAUCACAGGGUAGAGGUCAGUCUCCUGCUUCACCAAGGGCAGAGCCUUCAGCUUCACGACCCUCGUCGCAAAUGUCUGACACGCUGGGCUCAUUUGGCAUGCCGAGGAGGAUGUCUAUUCGGAAACCUUAUCAGCGUCGCCAGUCAAACACAUGGCGCGCAAUAGAGGAGUCAUGGGAGGAAGAUGUCGACUAUAUCUACGACAACGCUCUAGAAGCUGACUGUGACUUCGAAUGGGAUCGAGUAUCUGAUGACGGUGUUCGCUGUUGCGACACUCCUUCUGCUGAGCAAGCCAAUCGUCGCAACUCCAGAAUCACUUCCGCUGAUCGAGAGCGGUUCGCCUCUGACAAUUUCCGCUCAUCUUUGCUGGUUCCCAGCACAUCGAGUGUGCCAGAACUGGUUCCGACUUCUGCGAUAUCCACAUCCACCCUCAGCACUGGCCUGCCACCGACACCCUCAGGAUUCUUCCAUGCCAACCGUUUCAGCGGCGACACUGGCUUCAUGCUAAGCCCGUCCCUUCUUGUCCCGCAGGAAUACAAGGAUACACGAGAAGUCACAUAUGAGGACUUGCUUGACGAGUACGCCGCGUCCGACCGGCACUUUCCAAUGCUCGACGCCGGUCGAAGCACGACGAGCUCGGCGCGUAGCAGUCACGUCCGACUAAGUAGGCGAAGCUCUUAUGACAGCAGCCUCAUGUCCUCUUCUCAGAGCUGCGGUCUUUGGAGCUCCCCUGUGAGGCGCUCGGCAAGCUCUGCCGGCAGUGUCCCAGAGCUGAUUCCGUCCCGUCGUAGCCGCAAGUCGCUUGGCUUCAGUCUUGCAGCUGAUCAGUUUUCAGAGCAGAUUGCGUUCCUUAACGAAGACAAGGAGGACGAUGACAUUACGCCACCAGGGCGUACCCUGGAAGGGCGAACAUUCUUCGCUUCAGACGACGAAGCGCCUCAAGAUGAGGAGCAAUCUCGCAGCUCCAUUGAGACCGAGCUCAGAGCCUCGCUUGAUUUGGCUCGACGUGGCUCACAGCGUGCCAAUCACUCUACUGUCGAAGAGGAGCUCAAGUCGUCGCUCGACCUUGCGCGCCAAGGGUCGCAGCGUUCCACCCGUGCACCAGCGCGCCAGCACAAACCCGCCCUGUCUGAAGGUGCCGCCAAGUUCCUUUCCGUCUCUGCUCCGAAGGAGGAUCAACCAACCAAGCUACGUAACCGCGCAGCGACCACCGCGCAGUCUCGCGCCCCUAUGUUGUCUCUCUUCCCAACACCCCCACGCAACAUAUAA